UAUCAGCAAUACUGUAUUGACUUUUUGCGUUUCGUUUUCAACUGAAGGCUAACUGCUAAUGUUAGCUAACGUUUGUUUAAAUUUGAAUCGGAUAUAUCAGCAUUACCGUAUCGACUUUUGGCGUCAGGUUUCCGACUGAGACCAAAAUCAAAGUCUCCAGUUUUAUAUUAACGUUACACCUGUUGAGGAAUCGCUGAGGAAAAAGUGUCUGGCGGCUGCAUCCAUCAAGAGGAGCUAACGCUGAUCCAACGUCUGCCCUGAACGAGGAGGUUUCUAAGGAGAGAGGAUGGAGAACGUCUCCUCGCACAAACACUUCGUCCUCGAUGGCUUCAGUGAACUGGGAGCGCUGAGGCCCGUCCUCUUCCUCCCGUUCUCCAUCAUGUUCGUGGUGUCGCUGUCGGCCAACUCCCUGCUGCUGUACGUCGUCGUCUCACAGAGGAGCCUCCACUCUCCGAUGUGCGUCCUCAUCGCCGGCAUGGCGUGCGUGGACCUGAGCCUCCCGUUGUUCUGCGUUCCCCACAUGCUGCUGAGCUUCCUGUUGGACUGGAGGGGGAUCUCUCUGAGCGGCUGCCUGACUCAGAUGUACUUCAUUCAUUUCGUAGCGGCUUUUCAGUCCACGCUGCUGGUGUGGAUGGCGCUGGACCGCUACUUCGCCAUCUGCACGCCUCUCUACUACCACGAACGCAUGUCUUUACCGAGCUUCCUCAAGUUCAUCGUCCCGCUCGUGGUCAGAAACUUCCUCCUGAUCACGCUGUUUGUGGGUCUUGCAGGAUCUUUGUCCUUCUGCAACACUAACGUGAUGAACCACUGUUUCUGUGAGCACAUGGCGUUGGUGCAGCUGGCCUGUGGAAGCACCGCCGUCAACAACGUGGUCGGGUUACUGACCAUAUUCCUCAACCCGGUGGCCGACUUCAUCUUCAUCGCCGCCUCCUACGUGGUCAUAUUCAGCUCUGUGCUGAGUUCCGGCAAGUCGGGCGUCAAAGCGCUCCACACCUGCGUCACCCACAUCGUGGUCAUCACCGUCAGCCUGACCAUCGCGCUCGUCGCUUUCCUUUCGUAUCGGAUCAGAAACGGACUUCCCGCCGCGGUCCGGGUUUUCAUCAGCACCCUGUACCUGCUGUUCCCGAGUUGUUUCAACCCGAUCGUCUACGGCAUCAGAACCGCCGAGAUCCGACAGCACAUCCUGAAGACACUGACGGGCGGUCGCUUUGUCCGGACUGAGCCCCGUUCUUAAAAAACGAUUAAAGAACUCCGAUAUAAACUGUCUCCAUUGUAUGGAAGCUCAUUUCUAUGGUGUGUCAGAGGUGUUCCUUUUAGGGAUGCACCAAUACCCGGGUUCGAUACUGUGCUCAUGUACUCGUACUUGCAAAACGGCAACGAUAACACUUUACAGCAAUGUGACGUUAGCCUCUUGUCAGCAUCUUUCAGGUCCUAUUGCACGCGCUCACGCUUCACCUCCCCGACGGGGCUGGCGAGACGGGCUGAUGGUGCAGCCGACCCCGCGGGGCCGGGAUCCCACCUCAGCCGGCGCGCACCGAC